AUAACAUUUUUAUAAUUAUUUAUCAGUAAAUGUUAGAAAAUCUAUUCCGAUUUCUUAAGAAAACAAUAACUUAUCCUACUUUUUCCCUUAUAGACAACAUUCCAGGAUGGAUCACUCAACUAAUUGAGACUGCUGAGCUAAAAUGUGCCACAAAUAGCCAGUCAUUUGAUGUAUCCCAGUAAUCAUUGCAAGGCCACAGUGAGACAGCAGAAAGUAAUGAGUGACCCUGUGUAUAGCAAUUCACUUACUGCUAAUACAAACCCCAUAAUGAUACAAACAGGAAAGAAAUCAUUUACUUCUACUGAGUGUGAAAAGACUUUUGCAUUAAAAAAAGAUUUCCAUCAAAGGACUCGCACAGGAGAGAAACCUUUUACCUGUACAGAGUGUGGUAAAGUAUUUGCCUAUAAAAAAACUUUGCAAAAUCAUGAAAGGACUCACACAGGAGAGAACCCUUUUACCUGCACAGUGUGUGGGAAACGAUUUAUACAACAGAGUGCUUUGCAAUAUCAUCAAAUGACUCACACAGGAGAGACACCUUAUACCUGUGCAGAGUGUGGGAAGGAAUAUAAACAGAAAGCUUAUUUGCUCAUUCAUCAAAGGAUUCAUACAGGAGAGAAACCGUUUGCAUGUAGAGUGUGUAAUAAAAGAUUUGCCUAUAAACAUGCUUUGCAAAAUCAUGAAAGGACUCACACAGGAGAAAAACCGUUUACAUGUAGAGAGUGUAAUAAAAGAUUUGCCUAUAAAGAUGCUUUGCAAUAUCAUGAAAGGACUCACACAGGAGAGAAACCUUUUACCUGUACAGAGUGUGGGAAAGGAUAUAAAAAGAAAGCGUAUUUGCUCCUUCAUCAAAGGAUUCACACAGGAGAAAAACCGUUUACAUGUAGAGAAUGUAAUAAAAGAUUUGCCUAUAAACAUGCUUUGCAAAGUCAUCAAAUUACUCACACAGGAGAGAAACCGUAUACCUGUACAGAGUGUAGGAAAGGAUUUGCCUGUAAACAAACUUUGCAACAUCAUAAAAGGACGCACACAGGAGAGAAACCUUAUAGGUGUACAGAGUGUGGGAAAGGAUUUGCCUGUAAACAAAAUUUGCAACAUCAUGAAAGGAUUCACACAGGAGAGAAACCUUAUAGGUGUACAGAGUGUGGAAAAGGAUUUGCAAAACAUAGUUAUUUGCUAUAUCAUCUAAGGACUCACACAGGAGAGAAACCUUAUAGGUGUACAGAGUGUGGCAAAGCAUUUACACAAAAAGGUUCUUUGAUUGUUCAUCAAAGGAUUCACACAAGAGAGAAACCAUAUACAUGUACAGAAUGUGGGAAAGGAUUUACACAACAAGCCUAUUUGAUUGUUCAUCAAAUGAUUCAUACAAAAGAGAAACCAUAUACAUGUACAGAGUGUGGGAAAGGAUUUGCCUACAAAAAAACUUUGAAACAUCAUGAAAGGACUCACACAGGAGUGUGGGAAUGAUUUGAAUACCAAAGUAGUUUGCAAUACCAUGAAGGGAGUCAUGCAGGAGAGAAACAUUUUAUGUGUACAGAGUUUGGAAAAGUGUUUUUCACAAAAGGGGCAUCUUCAAACUCAUACAAUGAUUCACUUAAGAAAAAUCUUACAAAAGUAAUUAAAAAAAAUUCAAGUAAUCAUAGAAAAAUGAAAAUGGCUUUAGUCACAUGGCAUAACUAUGCUUUUAAAUACAUAGUGCUUGAUAUUUUAGCAGACAUCUAGAAAUGCACUUUAAAGUCAAAUAUGUAUGUGUGUGUGUAUAUAUAUAUAUAAAUAUAUAUAUGUGUGUGUGUGUGUGUUGGGGGAGGUAAAAUAAAUAAAAGCAAACAUUACUAAUAGUGCAGGGUGCUCUAUCAAUAUCAAGCAAUUUCACAAAGAUUAACACGCAAUCUGGUAUUAUAAGUCCAGGGUAAAACAGAAUUAACAGAGAAUGUUUAGUGCGUCUGGAAUCUCUUUAGGGCACCUAUACUUUCAAUGGAUACUGUGCCUUGAUACUUGAAGUAAAGUAUUAGGGAUAAAAUUAUAAUAGUACAUGUCAAACAUAUUAAAAUAAACUAUUACAACAACAUACGCAUACAUUUUAUAUAUAUAUAUA